AUAUAGAUUGUUUAUUUACAUCCCGUGAACUCGCAGGUGGAGCAACAUGGCGAAGCUCGUUGCUCUUUCUUUUGGCCGCUUGGAAAGGAUUUUACCUGUACCCCUUAGAUUGGAAGGGUUAUGGGGCUUGCGAGCUUACCAUGGUUUGAGGAUCAGUUGCUUGACUAAUAAACGCCAACAAAAAGCAAAACUAAGUUAUGAAGGGUACAGUAUACCAUCGCUGAUUGCCAAGCACUGCCUCCCAGUAGUAGCUAUGUGUACUUUAUCUCACCUCAAGUGUUGGAAUUGUCAGGAGGAGUUUACUUCAUAUUCUUCAGUCUGUAGUUCAUGCAAGUCUUUACAGCCAUCCAACCAGAAACUGAACUACUUCGAUGUAAUGAAAGUAGAGAAAAGAUUUGGCAUGGAGACUAAGCAAUUAUCCAAGACUUUUAGAUUAUUACAAGCUCAGUUUCAUCCAGAUAGAUUCACCUUAAAAUCAGAGAGAGAACAGCAGUAUGCAGCUGAUCAUUCUUCACAAAUUAACAAGGCAUAUCGAUGUUUGUUACAUCCAGUUGAACGUGCUUUGUAUUUGCUUGAACUUGCUGGUCAACCAUUGCAUGAAGGACAGAUAGACAUGGAUCCUGAAUUCCUGAUGGAAAUUAUGGAAGUCAAUGAAGAGUUAGCAGAAGCAGAUGACAAAGAAACUGUUCAAGAAAUUGGACAGAAAAACCAAAGGAUCUUAGACAAUUUGUUGCAGGAGGCAGAUACAGCAUUUUCAAAUGAAGAUAUAAACACUGCAAGACAAGUAGUAGCCAAGAUAAAGUAUUACAAUAAUAUAUAUGAAAAAGUACGGGACUAUGAAAGAAGCCAUGGAAUAAUUGAUUAAGUUUGUAAAUUAGUCAUAAUUCUCAUGGAAUAUACCUCAAGCUUUAAUAUAUUUUCUUUUAUGAUGCAAAAUGUAUAUAUGAAUAUAAUGUAAAUACCUGUAAUAUGAUAAAAAUUCCACUCACUUUUUAAAUAAAAGUUGGCAAUUUA